AUGCUGACCGUUCUGAGGGACCCGCGCAACAUUGAGCAGCUGCGCCCCUUCUUGCCGACGCCCAUGGAGGCGCCGCCACGGCCGGUGCUGGUGGCGGGACUGCCCAUCCUUGAGCAGGGCCCCCUUGCAGAUUACGUGGACGCCGCCGCGCGCCGCGUGCUGCCGGGGCACCUGCUGCGGCGCUCGCGCAUCCUCAGCAGCCUGCGCGUCGGCAGCGAGUGCCUGCAGCGUGUCGCGGUAACGGCCUGCAGUGGCGAGGAGAUCGUGCUGGCCUGGUGGGUGUGA